AUGCAUCAAAGAUCAUGUAAAAUGUUUAAAUCCCUCAGGACAAAUGUCGACUCUAAAGAAUCGUCCGUUUCUUCAAGUCCAAACUGUUUUAAUAUCGAACAUCAAUCUACUCAGACGACUGUCUCGCAGCCUCUUCCAGGCGUCACACUGCCUAAAUCAACUAAAGAAUGGACCGAAGCCAACAUAGCCUUCUACGUUAAAAUGCAAUGCUUAAAUGACAUAGACAUUGAUGAUUUUGCUACCCAUUUUCAGCAGAUAAUCUAUUCAUACUUUGCCAAAAACUACGGCCUCGUACAAAAUAAAUCAAAAAACAAUCCGACAACAAACGCCUUAAUCAACCAGUUAAAAAAAGAAUUAAUGAAAUUAAAGGCGCAGAAUGGUAAAAAUGUUGUCAGCGAAAUAAUAUCUCAACUAAGCAAAAUGGCAAUCUUGAACAACCAACGUACUAUUAAAUCGCUGCCAUCGUUCGGAGAUGCAAAGCCAAAGCCACACCGUGUCCUCUCGACCAAAUUUCAACAAUUGCCUCUUAAAAGGAAUCUUCUAGAUAACAACCCAAAAAUUUUAUACAACAACCAACAGCACUACAACAUAAGGAUCGCAGAAGACAUUUUCAUCGAAUCUGAAAAACCUUUCAUCAACAUCCAACAACGAAUCACAACACUUCCAACUCGAAGAAUGAACAAUAAUAACCGUAAUCGGAUCAACCAGCAAUCUAACAAUAAUAAUAAUAAUAAAUUGAAUUAA